CUUUGAUUGACAGGACGAUCAGCGGCGGAGGAUCAGCAGCAGCACUCAGUGCCCCCUCACACCUCCAAACCGUGCGAGGUUAACUCGUCGAAAUCGACUCGUAAUUGCUAGCAGUUUGCAAGAUGUAACCAACAGUAUGCCUCAGGAAACAGUGCUGGGCCUCAGCUUUUACAAUUUAUAUGGAUGACUUGGAUGAAGGCACCAAAGUUGCUAAAUUUGCCGAUGACACAAAGAUGGGUUGGAAAGUAAAUCGUGAAGAAGAUUAUGGCUUUCAGAAAUAAAUAUCCUCCAAAGUCCUGUGACACAUUUGUGGCUUUGCCUCCAGCAACAGUUGAUAAUCAGAUAAUUUUUGGAAAAAACUCAGACAGGCCUUCUGAUGAAGUCCAGGAAGUUGUUUUUUAUCCUGCAGCAACCUAUCAACCAGGAGAUAAGGUUGAGUGUACAUACAUAAAGAUUGAUCAGGUUGGAAAGACGCAUGCUGUUGUCCUUAGCCGUCCAUCUUGGUUAUGGGGGGCUGAAAUGGGUGCCAAUGAACAUGGAGUAUGCAUCGGCAAUGAGGCAGUCUGGGGAAAAGAAGAGCAAAAUGACAAAGAAGCCCUAUUGGGCAUGGAUUUAGUAAGACUUGGACUUGAACGGUCUGAAACAGCAGAGGAGGCAGUCGAUAUUCUCACAAAUCUGCUAGAGAAGUAUGGACAGGGCGGAAAUUGCACAGAAGAUGAAGUUACUUUUACAUAUUACAACAGCUUUCUGAUUGCUGACAAGAAGGAAGCAUGGAUAUUAGAGACUGUUGGUAAAUACUGGGCAGCAGAAAGAGUUUCAGAAGGGGUACGGAAUAUUUCCAAUCAGCUUUCCAUAACAACAAAGAUUAAUAAAGAGCACCCGGAGUUGAGAAGUUAUGCAAAGAAUCGAGGGUGGUGGGACGGUAAAAAAGAGUUCAACUUCACUGCUGUGUAUUCCUAUCAGGACUCCACUAAGGAACUGGAUAAUCGAUAUUGUGCUGGCUUCCAACUACUUAAUAAGCAUAAAGGAAAUAUUAGAGUUGAAACAAUGAUGGAAAUUCUCCGGGACAAAGAGAGUGGUAUUAAUAUGGAAGGUGGCUUCACAACAACAGGAAGCAUGGCCUCCAUUCUUCCAAUGGACACCAAUCUCCACUGCAUUCAUUUUUUUACAGCAACUCCUUAUCCUGAGAGGUCCGUUUUCAAACCAUUUAUUUUUGUUCAAAAUAUGAGGCAGUUUUUACAGACAAGUUCACCUUCGUUUGGUCCCGAUGAUCCAGUAAAAAAGAAUCCACGGUUCCAGAGUAAACCAGACAGAAGGCAUGCACUCUAUAAAAAGCAUGAGGUGGCAGCUGCAUUCAUGGAGACAAAAAGGACUAAAGCUUCUAAGAUGCUCCAAGAUAUAAAAGCACUGGAGAAGAAACAACUGGAAACAGUAGAGGAUGUCCUACGGAAUGGAAUACCAGAUACGACAAAAGUUGUUCACCUCUUUUCUAAUUGUGUAUCUGAGGAAAUGGAAAUUUACAAUUUGUAAUUAUCCAAUCCUACUGCAUAUUUCUGUGGAGAUAUUUCUGAUUUGAAGAUGCAUUGCCACAAAAAAAUGAUAAUGAUUAAACAUCUGCCAUAUAAAGACUCAAAUUGACCUGUAAUAUCCAAUAAUAACUUGUAACAUUCUAGUAAGAUAAUAGAUAAAAAUAAAAUAAUUGUACAUUUUGCAUUUCUAUUAAAGCCACAUUAUAUUAUUUGCAAUAAUACUACCAUAAUCAAUAAUUGUGGACUGUGCUUUGAUGUUGGAUCCUUUGAUGAUGGUGUCCACUAGCAAAAUUGUAUGAAUUCCCUAAAAAUGAACUGAGAAUCAAUCACUGGAUGUCCAACAGCAACUCCCUUUAUUUGAAUGGAGAAAAAGAUUGCAAGAAAGCAUGUAUCAGCAUAUUUUAAAAAAUGAAUUAACUCUUAAAAAACAUAAAAAUAAUUAACUUUUGCUGUAGUUUACAUUCUGAAUAAUUUUCAAUUGUUUUACUGAUCUUUAGUGAACUUUAUUUUA